GAGACCAACUUCCGCAGCUGAAACAUUUUCCGAGCGCCUAUGUACCGGCUGUAGCUGUCUGCCCAGUGGUGUCCUAGGGGCCGGGAGCAGCGUGUCCCCUAUCCUGUGCCAAUCCGUAGCGCUCCUAGGGUGUAGUGCGUAACCGUGCGGGGAGGAGUCUCUAGGAGUUUUUCGGCUGCCUUUUGGAAUCGACGGCCUUAGACGGGCAAGUGCAAGAUGCGAUGCUCGGUGUGCAAUUACUACACGUGGAGUUACUUCAUUGCGUUGGGCGAAAUCUUCAUCUCCUUCCACAUCGCCCGGGCAUUCCUGUAUUGUGCCCGGGCUAGUACGAACGAGGCGGCCCAAGAGCUGGGCUGUUAUAAUGGUGCGAUUUGGGGACAGGUGGAGCCCAUCUUUGUGCUGCUGCUGCUGUACAACCUGCUGUCGCUGCUGCUAAUGAUUGGCGUGUCAAAGCGCAACGAGAAGCUACUGCAGAUCUAUCAAACUUGCACCAUCACACUGAAGGCGUCCGCCAUCGUGCGAAGGAUAGUGCUCAGCACCACCGAGUACAACGAGAACAACAUCGGCAAAACGGUGCUGGAGCUCAAAAUCAUUAUUGUAUUCACGCUGAUUUUCACGCUAGAAGCGCUUGUUGUCGCUGGCGCUUGCCGGAAAAUGCGCCGUGAGCAGCAGGACCAUCUCUACUACAUCGAUGUGGUCUAGUAGAAUUUCGCAGUA